CGCGCGCCGCAGAGCCCGAAGAAAGCUGCGGCGUGAAUGGAGCGACCCAGACUCCUGGCUCCUCCCCUCCGCGGCCGGCCCCUCUUAUUUGAGCUUUGGGAAAUUGAGGGCAGCCAGGCAGGGGUAAGGAGUUCAAGGCAGCGCCCACACCCGGGGCCUCUCCGCAACCCAGCCGCCGCUCUGCUCCCCCUCUUCCCGCAUCCUCCCCCUCAUUCACCCAGCCGGAGCCCGGACGGCAGCCAGGGACCCGCGGCCCGCCGCCUCCCCACCGCGACCCUGGACUUCCUCCUGCCGCAGGAGCCGGCGUCCACGUGCGCCCGGGAGCCCGAGCCUGUGCUGACGCUGCGCGCGGGGCUCGGGGGCCUCCAGCAGCCUGAGCAGCCGGGAGCGCGCGGCCCGGCCGGCGUCUGGGCCAAGCGAGGCGCGUGCGAGCCGAGCGCCGAGCGCCUGCAAGGCCGCAGAAGCCGCGGGGCAUCCGCCGCGGAGGCGCCGCCCAUGGGGUCCGACGUGCGGGACCUGAACGCUCUGCUGCCCGCGGUGCCCUCGCUGGGCGGCGGCGGCGGCUGCGCGCUGCCUGUGAGCGGCGCCGCGCAGUGGGCGCCGGUGCUGGACUUCGCGCCCCCGGGGGCCUCGGCGUACGGCUCGCUGGGCGGCCCAGCUCCGCCGCCCGCCCCGCCGCCGCCGCCGCCGCCGCCGCCGCACUCCUUCAUCAAACAGGAGCCGAGCUGGGGCGGCGCCGAGCCGCACGAGGAGCAGUGCCUGAGCGCCUUCACCGUCCACUUCUCCGGCCAGUUCACCGGCACGGCCGGGGCCUGUCGUUACGGCCCCUUUGGGCCUCCCCCGCCCAGCCAGGCGCCCUCGGGCCAGGCCAGGAUGUUCCCCAACGCGCCCUACCUGCCCAGCUGCCUCGAGAGCCAGCCCGCCAUUCGCAACCAGGGCUACAGCACGGUCACCUUCGACGGGACGCCCAGCUAUGGCCACACGCCCUCGCACCACGCGGCGCAGUUUCCCAACCACUCCUUCAAGCACGAGGACCCCAUGGGUCAGCAGGGCGCCCUGGGUGAGCAGCAGUACUCUGUGCCACCCCCAGUCUACGGCUGCCACACCCCCACCGACAGCUGCACCGGCAGCCAGGCUCUGCUGCUAAGGACACCGUACAGCAGUGACAAUUUGUACCAAAUGACCUCUCAGCUUGAAUGCAUGACUUGGAAUCAGAUGAACUUAGGAGCCACAUUAAAGGGAGUUGCUGCUGGGAGUUCCAGCUCAAUGAAAUGGACAGAAGGGCAGAGCAAUCACGGCACAGGGUAUGAGAGUGAUAACCACACAACGCCUAUCCUCUGUGGCGCCCAGUACAGAAUACACACCCAUGGUGUCUUCAGGGGCAUCCAGGAUGUGCGGCGUGUGCCAGGAGUGGCUCCAACUCUGGUGCGGUCGGCAUCUGAGACCAGUGAGAAACGCCCCUUUAUGUGUGCUUAUCCAGGCUGCAAUAAGAGAUAUUUUAAGCUGUCGCACUUACAGAUGCACAGCCGGAAGCACACUGGUGAGAAACCAUACCAGUGUGACUUCAAGGACUGUGAGCGAAGGUUUUCUCGUUCAGACCAGCUCAAAAGACACCAAAGGAGACACACAGGUGUGAAACCAUUCCAGUGUAAAACUUGUCAGCGAAAAUUCUCCCGGUCCGACCACCUGAAGACCCACACCAGGACUCAUACAGGUAAAACAAGUGAAAAGCCCUUCAGCUGCCGGUGGCCCAGUUGUCAGAAAAAGUUUGCCCGGUCAGAUGAAUUAGUCCGUCAUCACAACAUGCACCAGAGAAACAUGACCAAACUCCAGCUGGCGCUCUGAAGGGUCCAAGUCGGGAGACCUUUCUGUGUUCCAGAAAGGACUGUGUGAGAACUGCUUUCAGACCUUGACUUUAAAAUUCCUCCUCACUCACAUCUCCAAGAAGGAAAUGGCGGUUGAUCUUCUUCAUCCAACUUCUAAGACAUGAUGCCUGUGCUACUGUAUCCUACUAGGCUUUCCCAGAGGAAUUGAGCUCUGCUGUGCUACUUUUUAGUUGUCUCAGGCCUGGGGAGAAGUGUCUAACAGUGUCCUGUUAGUUAAAAGCCCAUCGCCAUUUGGUCUGGAUUUUCCACUGUAAGAGCCAUUGGUGAUAAUGUGCUCUCCCCUCCUGCUUUUUACACUCAUUUUCACUAGGAAUGGAGUCAUUGUACCAUUUGCCAUCAUAGAAUAAUUUAUAGGCCAGGGCAUGUGGAUGUGUCUGCUAAUGUAAACUUUGUCAUGGUUUCCAUUUACUAACAGCAACACCAAGAAAUAAAUCAGUGAGCAAGGCACGGGGGUGAGUCCUGUCUGACAUUCCGGAGGUUAGGCUGUCUUCUGACCUGGAAGGCAAGACGUAGUGCUGCCAGACACCUUUUAAAGUGAAUACAUUUCAAGCAGCCGGAAAAGAAUCAGAACUAACCAGUAACCUCUGCAGAGAAAUCUCGAAGAAUCUUACCAUUUGGUUAACACAAUGUUAGCAUUGCCACAGAGCCCUCUAAGAAACCGUGCUUGAAGACCUGAGAUUUUGUGUUUAUUUUCUUGACUCUCUCAGCUGUGAUCAUCUUCAGAGAUGUAUAUAUAUAUCUCCUCACACAAAAGUGGAAUUCAUUUUCGUUCAUUCAUUUUGGGUGUCCCUGAGUGUACAGACCACAGUGGUUAUGUGGUUCCUUGUUGUAAAAAAUUAAAGUGAUUUGAAAAAAAUCGGGACUGGUUCAGAAUCUCCACUGAUAAGACUGUUCUUAAGUAACUUAAAUAACUUUGGACCUACAAGUGUAUAUGAAAAAAUAAGACUGGCCAGUGUGAGGAAAUCCAUUGUUUAAAAGUGGUUGGGUGUGUAUGUGUGUGUGUGUUUUUGUUUUUUUUAAGGGAGGGAAUUUAUUAUUUACUGUUGCUUGAAAUUAUUGUGUAAAUAUAUAUAUCUGAUAAUGAUUUGCUCCUUGACAGCUAAAAUUUAGAAAACGUAUAAAUGUUAGAUGCAUCACUGUUAUGGUGUUGAUCUUACAACGUAUCAAUGAUAACACUAAAAAUGUAACCUGCAUUUUUCACUUUGCUCUCAAUUAAAGUCUACUCAAAAGGGAA